GGGGCAUAAAAGAGUAAAGGAGAAGCUGGAAGCUCACAAAUUCCUUCCAGGUGCAAGGCACAGCAGGCUGAUCUGAACGUCUCUCCAGCGGGUCUUCAUUGCUCAAGUCUCUGAGGCAGUUAUGGCAGCAGUUCCUGAAAUCAGCAGUGAAGUGACAGCUUACCACAGCGAUGAAAAUGAACUGUUCUUUGAGGUCGACGGCCCCAAAAACAUGAAGUAUUGCUUCCAAGACCUGGACCUCUGCUCUCUUGAUGAGGGGAUCGAGCUGCAAAUCUCCCACCAGCACUUCAACAAGAGUUUCAGGCAAGUGGUAUCGCUCAUCGUGGCCGUGGAGAAGCUGAGGAAGGAACUGGUUCCUUGCACAUGGACCUUCCAGGAUGACGACCUGAGGACCUUCUUCCCCUUCAUCUUUGAAGAAGAACCCAUCAUCUGCAACACGUGGAAUGAUAAGUUUGAGUGUGAUGCCCCGGUUGCAUCACGGAACUGCAAACUCCAGGAUGUACAACAUAAACACUUGGUGUUUUCCGACCCCUGUGAACUGAAAGCUCUUCAUCUCAAUGGAGAGAAUCUGAACAGACAAGUGGUGUUCUCCAUGAGCUUUGUGCAAGGAGAAAGAAGCGAUGACAAAAUCCCUGUUGCCUUGGGCCUCAAGGGAAAGAAUCUAUACCUGUCCUGUGUGAUGAAAGAUGAUAAACCUAUCCUGCAGCUGGAGAGUGUAGAUGGCAAACAGUACCCAAAGAAGAAGAUGGAAAAGCGAUUUGUCUUCAACAAGAUAACCAGCAAAAGCACAGUGGAGUUUGAGUCUGCCCAGUUCCCCAACUGGUACAUCAGCACCUCGCAAGCAGAACACAUGCCUGUCUUCCUGGGAAAUAACAGCGGCCAGGACAUAAUUGACUUCAGCAUGGAAUUCGUGUCUUCCUAAAGAGCACCUCACACCCAGUGGGUCCACAUCUGGUGCAUGCACCUUUGACCCUCAGGGCUGAAAUAAGAGGAUUUGAGCACAGCUGCAGGCUGGACUUGACCGUUACCCACCGACACCCAGCUGUCUUCCCUAAGUGCAUGCUAAGGAGUCCUCUUGCUACCACCUGGGGCAACAGCUCUCUCUCCUUCCCCUCUCUCCUCUCCUGCUUUCUCCAAGCCAGCCUGGUGGAAACGCUAGCACAUUCUGCUCAAAGACUCCCUCUCUCUUUCUCUCCCAGCUCCUGUUGAGCAACCACUUUUCUAUUUAUUUAUUUAUUGAUUGGUUGAUCUAUUUAAUUUAAUUCAAGGGGGACAAGUGGCAGCAGUGCCUGGGAAAGAGCCUAGUCUUUAAUAUUUAUGGCGCGAAUGUAAUUUGGACUGGGACACUGUCUGCAUCAAGUUUUCAUUUAAAACUGAAAAUAGAUAAGUUUGGAUUGUGCAGGUGAAAAUACUGAUGAAUGAAGAAGUGUGAUCACACUGUCUUGAUAGUUCUGAAAUAAAUUUCACUUCAAAACAAAGAA